AUGUCUGUCAGACUAACUCCCAACAUUUUGGUCACCGGAACGCCGGGUUGUGGGAAAACUACUACAAGUGAACUUUUGAGCAGAAACCUGAAAGGCAGCCAGUACUACAACAUUAGUGAUUUUGCAAGAGACAACAAGUGCUACGAGGGCUUUGACGAGGCAAGAAAGUCCCACAUUGUGGAUGAGGACAAGCUUUUGGACCAUUUGGAGCCUCUGUUGCGGAAAGGUGGAGCCAUCGUGGACUGGCAUGUCAACGAUAUUUUCCCCGAGAGACUGAUAGACUUGGUGGUUGUUUUGAGGUGUGACAACUCUGUUCUGUAUGAUAGGUUGGCCGAGAGAGGCUACCACGAGGCCAAGCUGCAGGAAAACAUCGAUGCAGAGAUCAUGGGCGUCGUGAUGCAGGAUGCAGUUGACUCUUAUGCACAAGAGAUUGUGGUGGAGCUGCAGAGCAACUCGACGGAGGAUAUGGAGCAGAAUGUGGAUAGAGUGGUGAUGUGGAGAGACGCGUGGCUAAAGCAACAUCCAAAGGGCGUUACAAACGAGAGGGAGGACAAACCGGAGGACGAGGAAGACGACGAGGAAGAAGGAGAAGAAGAAGGAGAAGAAGGAGAAGAAGAAGAUAGCGGUAGCGACGCCAAGGAAAAAUAG